UCAGGGUGCCAGAGGGGGGACGCAGAACCAAGUAGAACCCCACGGAAGCGCUCAGAACUCCGCAGGAGUGUACGGAACCGGUGUCCUGGAGGAGGCAGCUGUGGGACGGACCGGGGGCGUCACGUGGCACUGCUCUGCCUGACUCCCACCCAGACCUCACCCCUCAGAGGGCCCUCUCAGUCUGCCUGCUGGGGAGAAGAGCAGGCCUUCAAUCUCAGUGGGAAGGAGGAGCAGUGCUCUGUGUUUAUUUGUGUUUUCAUUAAGCUGUGUUUUUUCAGGAUACCUGGACAGUGGAUGUGAUUUAGACAAUGUGUUUUGCAGUGAGACUGCAUGGAGAAUGUAGAUGACCUUGUUUUACCUGUAAAGAACCAUAGGACAUCUGAUCUGCAGUGACCAGCAGGCUGGAAAACAACUGAUCACACCUGGCCUUUGGACUACAGAAGCGCCUCUGAGACAGUACUGUUGGUGUGGGUGUUGUUGUGUGGGUAUGAAGACACUGGACAGCCGGUCAUUUUAACAGGGAUCAUGUACACUGUCAUCAGGGCUGAUCUGAGACAUCAGCUGUCACACUGAUAUAAGAUGACUACAAAUCAACAGAAGACUACACAUUCAACCAAACUCCUCUGGAAACUGGAGCCCUGUCUUUAACUUAAAUGUUUUCCCGUCUCCUCAGUGACAGUCAGUGCUAUUUGAUUUAACGUAUCUCCAGUCCAGUUGGCUCCUCAUUUCACGCACCUCGGUAGUGCCAAGUCAACUAGUUUCUCAUCACCAUGGUGAUGUCCCAGGGCACAUACACAUUCCUGGCCUGCUUUGCUGGGUUCUGGCUGGUGUGGGCUCUCAUCGUCAUGCUGUGCUGCUUCUGUAGCUUCGUCCAGCGGCGUCUGAAGAAGAGGAGGGAGGAGAGUCUGAGGGAGCAGUGUCUGAGGGCCUUGGAGAUGGAGCCAUUGGAGUGCCUGGGCCCAGGGGGGUUGGGAAGGGAACCCCCCACCAGAGAGCUCCUCCAUUUCUGCCCCCCGCUGACCCUCUCCCCUCCAAUGCACAUUCUUCACUCCCUCCCACAGGGCAGCUGGGCCUCCCCUCAAGAGACUGACGUGUUUGGAAAGCCCCCCUGCUAUGAGGAGGCUGUUCUGAUGGAGGACCCCCCUCCUCCCUACUGUGAGGUGCUGGCUGACAGCCGGGGGGGCACAAACAUCAAGCCCUCCUCCCGGACCUCCAGGCUGGAGCAGCAGGAGACUGAGACCUCCAAGACUCUUCCGGUCACAGUGUUCUCAGAGCGGGGCUACUCCUCCCUGAUCCGCCUGCCCACUGCCCGACGCUGGGACUCCCUGGGGCACCUGCUGUCUACCAUGGACCUCAACCACAACACCCUCCCCACGGAGCCCCUCUCCCUGCAGGCCCAGGCCACUACAACCAUGCCCCGCGAGGGCCGGACUCACACACAGCCAGAGCUGGGGCUGAGAAGUAUCCAGGGGCUCAGGCGGCUAGAGCAGAGCUGUGGCCUGCCCACGUCCUUCCCUCUGCUGGGUCGCAGCACGGCUGUGUAAGCCUGAAUAAUCCUCCUGGAGGUGGGGGUGAGGCUGAAGCUAAGGACGCUGGGUUGAGGUGGAGAGGCGUUGAGUUGGGUUUGAGGAGGGGCGUCUGGUUUGUAGAGUUGGACUGAUGGAAUGGGUAGAGGAGGAAAAACACCUUUCAGACUCCCAGCAGCCAGAGGUGUUGUUCUCUGCAGUGAGAUGAGGACAACCUUUCAAAAGAUGACYUAUCUGCCUUCCCCUCAUCAUCCCUCUUUUAUCUGGCUUCGUCUCCCUCCAUAUCUGUCUCUAUUCUCCAUGGCUCGCAGUCUGAUGCAGAGUAGCUAUUACACCGAGUGUACAAAACAUUCGGAACAUAUUCCUAAUAUUGAGU